UUUCUCAUCAUUCGAGCUCCUAAUCAUCAUUUAGUCACAUGUAGUAUCUCCAAUCUAAUUAUUUCUUUAACUUCUAUAGAACUUCUUAGUUUGACGUCUUAAUUCCUAAAAAAACUUGUUAAGAACAAUAUUUCAGCCUAAAGAGCAGAAUAUUUGUGUUGCCCGUGCUGGCCACAUUGACUUUUUAGCCUACUUCCAAGAUAAUACAAAAAAUGACAAGCGUGACAGGUUGUCUGAGUUUUUGUAUUGAAGAAUCUCAAGCUACUUACAUAAUAAUGCCUUUUUUAUUCAUGAACAUGACUAAAACCCUUUUAAAAUGGGGGGAAAAUAUUUAUAUAAAGGGGAAAACUUAAAGGAGCACCUUAGCCUAUAAUUAUCUACCAACAUCACCCACCAGCAACCCAUUUAUAUUCCCGUUUGAACUCUCCCAAUCUCUAAACUUUUCCCCUCUCUUUCUCUCUCCAACUCUUGUGUUUCUCUGGUUCAAAGAACAGCAGCAAAAUCAAUCAAUGGGUCUCAUCUCAAUCCUUGUUGACGGUUUUAUUCUCCUUUUCUCUGUACUUCUCUCCCUUGCCUUCCCUUUAAUGGACUCCCAAACCAUUGCCCCUUCUUAUCUCCACCCUUCAUUUCUUGUUGAGUUCAAGCAACAAUAUGAGCGAGACUAUGGGGACUAUCUGAUGAAGGAGAUGCCACCAUUCUUUGUUGGGCUUGUUUGGGUCGAGGCCUUGUUCCUCUGGCCUCUAGCUCUUCUCAACGCUUACGGGAUUCUUAGUCGCAAGAAAUGGGUUAGGACCACUUUGAUCAUGGCUGGUGUUGGUUCUGGCGUUUCCAUGGCUAGUAUUAUGUCAGAGCUACUGGGUUCGGGCAGAGAAUCAAAGAAACUGGUUCAGAUGUACUCCCCCUUUGUGGUUUUCGCAAUCUUGGCGACUCUCAGAGGGCUCUUUCCUCCUCGUUAUUGUUCGAUCUCUGCUUCCAACGCACCUCCUCCUGCUCAGAAGAAGAGGGUUUGAUCAAUCAAGCGCCAUUUAUUCGGCGCCAUUUAUUACCUCCAUGUUCCUUAUAAUAUUAGUUUUAUAUCUUAAUGCAUCUUUGGAAGCCUUAUUUUCUUGAGGAACAGUUGAAAUGUUUUCCGUGUAUUAUUACGCGUACUUUUGGAGUUAUGGUUGCCUUCAGGUUUAUGUCUUGUUGAUCUUUGUAACAUGUCAUGUAUUAGUAAAAUGGAUUAAUAGGUCAACUUGUUUGUUGGUAGAACAUUGUACCUACUGUAUCAUUUUUUUUCUUGUUCAUUAUUUCAUUAAGGUACUUUCUUA